AUGCACGCGAAGACGACGACGCGAUGGUCCAGCGUGCGAUUAUACUCCACCGGAGACCCCGAUCGCCCCGGGCGAACUUCUGCAGAAAGGAGCGGCUUGUAUCCCGUGCAGAAAAAGCAAGAAGCACAGAAAGCCGAUCAGUGCGCCUAUGUCAAGCACGAGAAACCGCAGAUCACGUUCGCCCCGUUCGAAGAAUUCUAUCCGCACACUGGCACAAACGGUCGUCUAAGACGGCUCGCACCACAUCCUCCCCCUGCUCCCGAUCCUGCACCUGCUCAUGAGGUCUCCACUGCUUCAUCCUCCUCGUCAGCGCACCCGCUACGGAGUGCUUCCAUGUCCUCUGACGACGACUCACGGCACGGCACCUCCCGCACCACCACCACCACCACCGAGUCUUCGGUCUAUUCUAGCAGCACGACGUCUGGAUCGAGUUGUACGACACCUGACCUUUGCUCGUGGGCUGAAACGCCGCCAAUUCCGCCUAUAUCUUCGCCUUCGAUUUUCUGUCCGUGUCCGCCAGAACGCAGCUAUGGGCGAGUACCUGACAGUGAGGUGGAAUCGGUUACAGCGCACUGUUCGCCGUGUCAGCCCGGGCCUACGACGUUAACUUUCGUACAAGAAUGUAUUUCGGCCGGGGAUGCCGCCCGAGUGGUGAAGGCGACGAAAACGUUAGCGCCGCCAUCGGAAUCACUGGCAGACCUGAAUUAUGCCCGUCAACUACGCACUCGGUUCUUUGCACACGGCGUCAAGAUGGGCGUACGGAUGACUCAAGACAAGCUCGACGCAAUAGCCCGCGGGGACCUCUCCGGCCAACUCGUCCAUCCCGUCUUCGUGCACAUCGCGCACCUCAUCGGCUCCAUAUUCUAUCACGGCGCCGAACAUGGCGCUAGCAAUCGUGCUCGAGAAGAAAGGGAUUUGCGCAUGGUGUUUCAUGAAAUCUCGAAGGAGGACGCGUUGCCCCGGUUUGCGUUUGUGCAGGUCAAGUCGCUUCUUGCGUACUACCACCUCUUCAAGAAGGACAUUCCGAAUGCGUGGGAGCGAAUGCAGGAGGCCUCUGAAUUCGUGCGGCGCCAUGAUAUGCAUAUCGCCAUUCAUGAGCACGGUGCCGGUUCUGUACCAAAAGGUGAUGGUCCGUUGACCGCUGCCGAUGCGGCCGACGAGGAGGCCACUGCGCUUGUUCAGAUGCUUUAUCGCGACAAGUGCAGUGGUAUGAUGAUAUCAGUUCCCUUGAUGCCACCACAACAUCUCGAUGAUGAGUUCCGAAAUUGGACGUCAGCCAGUCUGGCGCAAGAGACGGACAAUCUGAUGAUCACACGCACCAUAUGCGUCUCCCUUUUAUUCGAGAGCAGAGCCUUCUUGCAGCAAUGGGGAACCCAGCAGUCAUUAACCCCAGAAAAGCAGCGCCCGUUGCCACCGAUUCUAUACGAGAAUUGUUCGCAUCUCAUCCAUCGCAUCCAAGCGCAGCUCGCGCAGGUCUAUCGCUCCUUGCAACCCAACAUCGCCUCGAGCCCACUGCCAAUGGAUCGUCUAAGCACGCUCACGCGCAAAGGGUUGUGCAUCAUCUGCUGGACUGCGCUCAUCAAUAUGUACAGCUUUUUGGGACAUGGGAUGGGUCAUGAAGAGUCGAGGCGCAGGUUAGUCAAGGCUGCGACGGAGGUGGUACGCGUCUCGGAUCCUCUGGCGGAGGCAGAGUAUAAUUUCUUGGAUGCGAUUAUAUUCAUGUGCUGGAAUAUCGUCAGGGAUGUCCUUCUGACGGAGUACAGUCUGAGAACGUUUGCUGGAACGGAAAGGUCCAUCCAAGUACCCCUCGAAGCUGUCGACCUGCCACCACUGCUAGAUAGUCUCCAGAGAUAUGCGCAGAAGCUGGCAAGUACAACACCUGGAGUGCCAUCGGUCGACUAG